UGCUGGAGGAUCAGCAACGGCCACAUUACAGCCGCUAAGCUGCUGUAGACAACCCGAGGAGCGCCUCUGUCAUCUGAGGAGGAUCAUGGAAUAAACAUGGCCCACAAUAGGAGCUUUUUCUUUGAAGCCCUGGAUAGAUCAGAGACCAGGCCAGAUGGAGGGUACAAGAACAACUGGAGCUUCUCUCUCUCUGAUGACAGUGAAGAGGAGAGGAGACAUGAUUCAGGCGUGUUGAGCGUGGACGAGAUGGACCGGCAGCCGUCCGCCUCCACCGAGGAGAAAAAGUCCCCUUCGCUGAGGCACUUCACCUCCUCCGAUCCCCUGAGAACGUACGAAAACCGGUCCAAUAAUCACAUGAGGCCUCUCAACAAGCUGGCGCCCAAACGGCUCAGCGAGGGCUCCCUCACUGUAGCCACGUCGUCCCCCAUGCCCAACAGAACCAACUAUUUCAUCAUCAGUCCCGCGCCUUCGCAAGGACUGGUGUUACAGGGACGCCACUUCCAGCACGCGCACGUGCCGUCGGCAGUAAAGAAGCCAGUCCAAAGAAGUGAAUUCUCGCCCACUCAACAAGCGGUAGAAGUGGACAGCAUCGUCCUCACCUGUCCAGAGAUCCCAGAAGACUCCCUGAACAUAAAGCGCCGCUACCAGCAGAAGAAGAAGCCACUGGAGGGCUGCUGCAGUUUGCCAGCACAGGUCAAAGCAGUCGAGCCCGUCCGUGCCAACGUCUGCCAGGCGCUGUGCGUGAAGUGCAACAAGCCGACGGACGAGGCCGGGAAGUGCCGGAGCUGCGUGGGCACGGCGGUGGUGCUGCCGCGCCAGCAGCAGGACUCGCUGUCGUCGCCGACGCCGCGGCCCCCCAUCCGGGCGCAGCCCCCGCCGGGACCGAACGCCCCGCAGCAGAGCUUCUUCAAGCCCGCCACGCCGGCCAGGCCGCCCCCCCGCGGCGUGGCCUUCCCCAUACGCAUCACCAACAUCAGGGGCGCCCUGCCGCCGCUCAACAGCCUGCCGCCCGCCGGGACGUCCAGCUGCUGCGGCGCCAAGGGGAGGAAGACGGCGGCGCAGCAGUGCGAGCUCAACGACCCCAUCGUCCUGUCCAGCGACGACGAGGAGGACGAGGACGCCGACAACGCCAGCACGGGAAGCGUCAACCGGCUGGACAGCGUCUCCCCCCGGCCCGCCGACUCCGCCCACUCGUCCCCGGCGCCCUCCGGGGGCCGGGUGGAGGCGGCGGUGAAGAGCGCCGGGGGCGAGCAGCAGCAGCAGCAUCAGCAGCUGCAGCCGCCGCCGCCGCCGCAGCAGCAGCAGGAGGAGCCGGAGGCCGUCUCCGAAUUCUUUGAAGACAUCAACAUGAAGAUCAGCAUACCUCGAAGGGCCCGCAUGAAGGAUCAGUUUGGGAACCAGCCUCCGGAGCAGUUCUCCCCGAAGCUGAAGAAACCCAAAUACAUGUCCAGCAAAUGUGACAGCAUCAUCCUGGAGUGCCGGAGCGUCCGGGUGGGCACGCUGCGCCGGAUGGUGACCAAGCCCGUCGUGUUUUCCAUCGACAACAUCCAGCUAGAGACUGAAGGUCCAGACAAGGACAGUGUGGAGAAGGUCUGUCUUCAGGCGUCGGAGCUCAUCAGCUGCGAGUGGUGCAGCGUCCGGAAGCUUCCCGUCUUGUUCUUCCAGACGACGCCGGCCGAGUGCCUCCGCCUGCGCACGCAGCUCAACAUGUCCAAAGAGAAGGGAGGCCAGUGGUACGACUGCGUCGGAGACCAGUCGGAUGAGAAGUACAUCGUCCUGAUCUUCGAGAACGGCCUGGCCAUGAAGGAGCAGAUGAUCCUGGAGGACAUCCUGACCGAGAUCGGCAGGACCAACAACCUCAGCAGCUUCCCCGCCAAGCUGCAGUUUGACGAGGCCAACAUCCGGCUGGUCAACUACAACAAGGCCACGGCGCAGAAGGAGGAGAAGGUGAAAGCGGCGCAGACUCCUCCCAGACUGACCCCGGUGAAGGUCACGCCCGUCACCAUGCCGGUACGCACGCGGAUGGCCACCCGCCAACAGGCCGUCAACUACUUUGAAGACGAGGACGAGGACAUGACCGACCUCCAGCCCACUUUCUCGGGACCAAUCGUGAAGUUGAUGGUGUACCCUCCUCCCCCCGCCAAAGGUGGUAUAUCAGUCACCAACGAAGACCUCCACUGCCUUAACGAUGGGGAAUUCCUCAACGACGUUAUCAUAGACUUUUAUUUAAAAUAUUUAGUUUUAGAAAAAUUAAAAAAAGAAGACGCACAAAGAAUCCACAUCUUCAGCUCCUUCUUCUACAAGAGGCUGAACCAGCGCGAGCGCCGGACCGUCCCGGACACCACCAACCUUCCGAUCCAGAAGAGGAAGCACAACAGGGUAAAGACGUGGACCCGGCACGUCGAUCUCUUCCAGAAGGACUUCAUCUUUGUUCCCAUCAACGAGUCGGCUCACUGGUACUUGGCAGUGAUCUGCUUCCCGGGCCUGGAGGGUCCGGUGUUCGAGCAGAACCCGCUGUACCACGGUGCGAUUCCCACGCCCGCUCCGUCCGCCGAACUCCAGUCGGACGAGGCCAUCCCGGAGCACUGCCGCCCCCUGUCCCCGGACAGAGACGGCCUGGACAGCCCCACGGGGCCCCCGUCCCCCGAAGCCCCUGAGGGCUCCUCAGACACUAACGCCAGCGGAGACCCUCCGGCUGAACCACCGGCCUUCAAGGACGCGGGGGCAGAGCGGUCGACCACGUCUGGGAACGCCCAGCCAGACAGCGAGCAGCAGUACACUAGCGAGCUGCAGAGAAUCAGCCUGUGUUACGGCUCAAAUAAAGAAGACGACGACACGUACACCUUCUCAGACGACCAAAGCUCCUGUCAGGACGAGUGCAGUGACGACGGUGCUGAAGACGCCCUCAGCUCCGACCCCUCGGCCCUGGCGUCCAAACCGACCCUCUGCAGACAGCCUUGUAUUCUCAUCAUGGACUCCCUGCGGGGUCCGGCGCGAUCCACCGUGGUGAAAACUCUGAGAGAGUACCUGGAGGUGGAGUGGGAGGUCCGCAAAGGAAUCCAGCGCAGCUUCGGGAAGGACGUGAUGAGGGGCUCCAGCCCUCGAGUCCCUCAGCAGGACAACUUCAGCGACUGUGGAGUUUACAUCCUGCAGUACGUGGAGAGCUUCUUCGAGAGCCCCAUCAGGAGCUUCCAGCUGCCCCUCAACCUGUCGGAGUGGUUUCCCCAGCAGAGGAUGAAGACGAAGCGCGAGGAGAUCCGGGAGCUGAUCCUGAAGCUGCAGGAGCAGCAGCAGCUGGACAAGAAGGAGCCGGAGGAGGAGGAGGCGCCGCCGGGCUCCCCGGAGGAGCCCGAGAUCGAGGAGACGUCCGGGUCCACGGGCGGACCGCCGGGGUUCCCCGUGGGCACCUGAGACCCCGUCCUCCGGUCCUCCCCCCCCCCACUUCACUCCGGGCCGCACCGCUUGCCGCCGGCCUCCCUCUCGGACAUCAGACCUUUAAAAUUUCUAUGGAUUCACUGUAAAUAGAUGCCGGAGUUUUCCCGCUGCCUUUGUAAUUUACCGUUUUCUGACUCAUCCAUGGAGUGGCCCGUUAACUUAUGUUUUCAUAGAUGUUCUCUCCGGGGAGAACCGUGCAGAAGAUACUGUCUCGCUCUUGCUUCAUUAUUUUUCAAGCUUUCCACUCAUGUAGAGGAAGACAAAAAAAAAAACAAAGUUUAACGAUGAUAAUAAUAAUAA